AUGCGCGCAGCUGCCGCAGCAGGUGCUGCCGUUUUCGCAAACUCGCAACGCGUUGCAACGGCUCAAUUUAUAACUAAUUGCAAUUUACGUUACAUUUCUUCCCGAGAAGAAAAUUCCUUCCCAUCAGCAAAUUUUCUCGAUUUAUUUUGUGAGUCCCGGCACGUAAACUCUCCAUUGAAGAUUUAUUUUUGGAAAAAUAGUUUCCUUCAUACGCAUUAAUGCAUUCGUUGAUUUGAGCGAAGGAUAGUUGUGCCAAGUAGGAUGUUUGUAUGUAACUUUUACCGAGAAGAUCUUUAUAUCGUUGUUUUGCCUGUUUCUUAUUAUUUUAGGAUUGUCUUCUAACAGAGGGUAUAAUUAUUUACUCAAUUCUGUUCGAUAAUAUUUUAUUUCUUCCACACAAUGACUUGUGUUUUUUCAGAACUUGCAUAAUGACAGAAAGAAAGUAAAAUUAGGGUUCGGAAAACUCGGGAAUUUUCAUCUCGUUCAUACACCCUAAAUUUUUGGCAUAUGUAUAGAUAUUGGGGUAUUUAUAAAAUCGGUCCAAUGUAGUACCAAUACGAAGUCGUUUGUAACUCAUACAUUACUCUUUAACUACUUUUGUAACGUGAUUCUAAUUUUUUCAACUAAACAAGCAAAAGUACUUUAACCAUGAAAAAAUAUAUAAAUAUUCCAGUUUCUUUCACGUUCUGCACUGGCUCUGGGUAAUGAGUCGGCAAUUUUGUAGACCUUGGACUAGGCGCGUGCGCAGUCGGACCGGGCCCCACAGGCCUUACUUAUGGUAAAAAUCCGAAAUUUUUCGCGACACAUAACAUUACGCCGUGGAAAUUUUACAUACUGAAAUUCCCACGUCGCGGGAAUUCGGUAUACUAUACGUCCGAACCCUAAAUAAAAUAUUUUGUAGUUAUGCCAAAUGGAAAAGAUAAAAAGCAAAAUUUUCUUCGUCGGAAUUCCUCGGUGAGUAUAUCAGAUGCACGCAUAGCUGGGUUAUAUGAUCUUGAGCACACUAUUGGCAAGGGGCACUUUGCUGUGGUAAAGCUGGCCCGACAUGUGUUUACGGGGGAAAAAGUGAGUUUCUUCACUUUGGUUGAUAUUAUUGUUUAGGUGGCCGUCAAAGUUAUCGAUAAGACGAAAUUAGAUCCAGAGUCAGCUGCUGACUUGAUGCAGGAGGUAGGCUUAAUACUUCGGCCAGAGAUUUUUCAGGUUCGAUGUAUGAAACUGGUUCAACAUCCUAACAUUGUUCGCUUAUACGAAGUUAUUGAUACCAAGACUAAAUUAUUCUUAAUAUUAGAAUUGGGUGAUUAUGAUAUGUAUGAUUACAUAAUGAAGACAUCAGAAAAAGGGAUAAGGGAGUCUGAUGCGCAGCAAUAUUUUAGUCAGAUAACGAAAGCGAUCGAUUAUUGUCAUGCCCUGCACGUUGUACAUCGAGAUCUUAAGGUAACUAACCAGGGAUGUAUCUUAAGUGCGACGCUCAGAUUUGUUUAAUGCGAUAGAAAUUCGUGCAAAAAGUUUGCAAAGAGGUUAUAUUGUUUCCAUUUUUAAGCUAAUAAUCUCGUUCGUUUCUGCAGAGCGCGAGCUGGAAGUUUCUCUUACAAGGGAAGUCGCUUUUCUCGCAUAUUGAUCCAUACUUGUGACCUAGCGGAUAUUGAAGACCCAGACAGUGUAAGGAGCGUCUGUCUUCCAGCAGUGUUUACGCUGUGGCAAAGUUAUGGCUGAUCAAAGUUAACGCGGGGCUUUCCAGUUCAGCCCCUCAGGAAUUCAAACCCCCACUGUUUUGCCCGUUUCAAACGGUCAAAACUUACCGUCCAAAUUCUUUAUUGUGCUUUGGGCAACGACGAUCGUAGCCGAGAGAACCCAAUCCCGAGUAGGCGCGCCGUUCAGAUGGUGCUUCCAGGAAGAAUGUGCUAUUGGAUGAUAGGAACCAGAACGGCGGGGGUUUGUACUGGGUCAUAAGCAAGCACCAAACUUCAAAAUGAUUCUUAGGCCAAUCUAGCAGCAAUACGUAACAUUUUGAAAUGACAUUUAUUUUGCCCCAUAUCAGAUUUUGUAAGUACUAAAGUUGCAAGUCAACCGCUUAUAAUCUUUCGUCCUGAGGCAUUCUGCAAAAACUUUAAGCGGUUUCUAACACUAUUUGUCAAGGGCUUUCGAACGGUAUAUAACAUUUGCUAUUGGUGAGGGUCAGUUUGUACACUUCCCUAGUCAGGGCCCGUAAACACUUUUGAAAGCCAGAUGCUCCUUCCACUACAUGAGGCGCGUUUAACAUCCACUAGGUCACCAUUAUGGAUCCAUCUGCGAAAAAAAGUGACGUUCAUCGUUAGAAAGUUUUCUGAGUUUCUGACAAGUUUCAUCAAAAUGUGAGCGUCGCACUUGGAGUACUUCUCUUAUAAAAAUUUAAUCAAAACUCGAUUUUAGCCUGAAAACGUCGUCUUUUUUGAGAAAUUGGGUAUGGUGAAGUUAACAGACUUUGGAUUCUCCAAUUUGUAUAUUCCCGGUCAAAUGUUAAACACAUCUUGUGGGAGCUUGGCUUAUUCUGCGCCUGAAAUCCUUUUAGGUGAUGCGUAUGAAGCUCCGGCGAUAGGUAACUUGUAUUUAUUGCAAAGUUAUCGUUACAGAUGUCUGGUCGUUGGGAGUUAUCCUGUACAUGUUGGUCUGUGGAAGAUUGCCAUUUCAAGAAGCCAAUGAUUCAGAAACAUUGACGAGAAUAUUGGAUUGUAGGUAUACAAUCCCUGAUCACGUAUCUCCCAGUUGUAAAGAGUAUGUUUCCACAGAAAUUUUUGCAAUUUGAGAUUUAGGCUAAUUCAGAGGAUGUUGGUCAGAGAUCCCACAAAACGGUCAUCAUUAACAGAGAUUCUAAAGUCCCCAUGGGUAAUGGCUGGAGACAGGGGACAUGCUGAGGCUUUGCCUUUGGUUUAUCGUGACCAUCUUCCGGAAACCGCUCAUGCGACGAUAAUUGAGCAAAUGGUUGCAGGUGGUAUUGGAACCGAGGACUCAAUUUUAAGGUAAUUACGAUUUGGCAUUUUGUAUUUACUUUUAGUUGCAUUGAACGAGGGGAAUACAGUUAUGUUACGGCCACGUACUACUUACUUGCUGAGAGGAUUCUGGCGAGCUAUCGAGAAGAGCAGGCCCUAAAAUUGAGAAAAAUAUCCUCGAGUACAAACGAGGAUGUCGAAUAUAACUCUGGUCCCGUUACUUCAAGCACAGCUGCUCGGAGCAGAAGUAAUUCUUUCAGAGGUCUAAACAAUAGAAGAGCGUGCACGAUUCUGAAAGAAGAAAGCGAAGAAGAGUUGUCCUCCUAUCUCAGAUCAGCUUCAAGACAGUCGUCCAGGUAUUUCAGUUUGAAACUCGGCUUUUUGGUGUAGAUAUUGCAUGUGUGCUUUCUUUACCUUUUUUUGCUUUUCUUAGAUACUACAACCCCAAGAAAGAGAGCUCUAUAAGACGAAGUUUCCCCAGUAGAGGCUCUAGUGUUGACUCCUCCCGAGCGCCCAAUCAUGUGGCCAGUUUGGAUGAUAAGCUUGAUAGGAAUAGAGACGAUGAUGCUUUGUCUCCCAAUGAAUUCCACCUGGCUCCUAAUAGUUAUACAUUCGAGGAAUUAAGUCCGAUAAGGGAGACUUUGGAGUCUACGUCUAAACCAUUUCUCUGUGGGAGUCAGAAUGAUGAUUUGACUCUAAGCCGAACGCCUUCGGCGCCUAUUCCUAUUAGUUCUUUGGCUCAGCGUAAUAAAAGACAGCCGAAGAAUCUGCUUUGCCGGAGGUAUUUCUUGUCGCCUAUCUGUGCAAAUUUCUAUUCCUUUAACACUCAAAAAGCCAUGCGUGCCAUUUUAUUUUAUGGUGGUUGAUAGUACACCUAACAAUGACUUUAUGGCGGAAUAAUUUCCGGAUUUAAAAUUUCGAAGGAUUUUGUUUCAAGAAACUAGACAUUUUCAACAAAAUUGCUUUUUGAAGCGUCGGGGUGAAGGUUAUAGUAAUCUUCCAUAUAACGACUAUGGGCAAAAAAAGCUCAAGCGGAUGCUCCAUACCGAUUGGUGACCUGGUUGACUAAUUUUGGCAUAAUUCUGAGAUACCGAUUUUAACAAUGUGGCCCUCUGUUAGGCUUCAGUGAAAUAGAAACUGUUCCGGGCUGUUUCCGAAAUAAAAAGCUUUUUUGUUUUUCCAUACAUUUUGUUUCUCAAUCCAGCUAAAAGCGGCAAAUUCAGUCAAAAGUUUCGUUUACACUGAAUUCGAUAUCUUUUUAGUGAAAUUUUGUGCCUAAUGGAAAAAAUGUCCAAAUAAGACUUCGAUCAAUUUUUUCCAUUUUUUAUGUGUAGACAAAUUGGCGUGCAGGACGGACUACAGUGAAAGUCUGAAAUGGUGAACUAUCGAUUGCCAUAAAAUGUCACGCAUAGCCGUUUGAGUGUUAAUAUUUGUUGUUUUACUGGUAUUUUUUCAGGAAUUCUUCGCCGUCGGUCUCCAUGUUUGCUAAAUGUGGCUUCCAUAGUUCCAGAGAUAGGAUCAGCCCUCAGGCAAUCCAAGAGUUGUUGGAGUUAUCACGAUAUUCAAGUAUGAGAAGAGCUGCAUCCCCCGAACGACUGGGUGAGCGAACAAUUGAAAUUUAUAAUUUUUUUAGAUUCUCCCAUCAGUCGGAACUCGAGCCCAACUUCUAGUGGACGGACCUCACCAUCGGUCUCCAGUAGUGGAAUCUCGGCAAGAUUGAAAGCCUCUAAUUUGGUUGCGUCGACUGGAAUGAGGAAGCUUAGUUCUUCGCCGCAUUUGUUGGGUAUUUGUGAGGCAAGUUAGAUUCUCUUUCGUAUCUAACAAGGGACUGAUCUAGUACAGGUGGAUAGGGCAGGUCGGCUUUGCUAAAACGGCAUUUUCCAGCUGCAAAAUAAGCCCUACCGAAAGUCCACAACAAUUUCCUCUUUUUCUUCCCUCGGAAAAGAAGAGGAGCGUCCAACGGUUCGGUUGGCGCAGUGGACAAAGUCUCCGCACGUUAUUCUUUUGGAGGUUGGUUCGACUCCAUGGCAGCGCGGGGACCGUAAUAAGUAAAGCCGUUGAAAGCAAUGGCUUUAAUAUUUUUACUAGGAAUGACCACCUAGUUUAUCUUGGGUUAUAUGUCCUUAAAAAUCGCGUAAUCACUCAAUGAGAGCGUCGUUUUAAGAAAAUACCAGGGGACGAUGUUUUGCCGAGCCUUUAUGAGGGAAGAGAAAGAGGAAUUUUUUUGUGGACUUUCUCGGUCGAUUUUUCUCGUCGGCCGGGCUUAAUAUGCAGCUGAUAAAUGCCUUUUUUUUUGCAAAGUCGACCUCCUCUAUCCACCUGUUCUAGUAACUUUCCCGAACCCUGGGGGAUGUUCAGACCAUUUCCUUGUAAGAUAGAUCCCGAGUAAAUCGAAUUUCUUCGAUAAUGACCGCGCAUCGAAGAUGACCGCGCCUCGAUAAUGACCGCUGAACAUCAAAAAUGACCUCCGGAAAAAUUUUUCUUGAAACGUAUAGGGUAGUCUAUUCCGUGGCUACGCGUGGAUUUCGCAAAUCAUUAUUUCUGCUUGUUACUUCUUUUCGAAACUUCGGCUGAACCAAAAAAGUUCUGUGUGUCUUCCGCCGUAGUCAACCAUUCCGGUCCAAAUGUUUUUUUUUGAAUCUACUGUGAUGCUAGCUUCUUUCCGGAAUGUUUCCAGAAAGUAGCUAUGAGGCAUAUUUCUGUAAAACUCUUUAAUGAGGAUACUGUAACAAAAUCCGAAUUAAGGCCAUGGCCGCAGUUUAUUUUGUGAAAAACUUCUUGCUCAAAUCUUCCAUCAAAAAUUUUUCCCCCGGUGGCUCAAAAAAUUGGCGGAAGCCGACGUUGAACUUCGUUGGCGAAACAAUUUCAAUUUACACAGGGCUACGCUUACAUGUUGUUUUGUAGGAAUUAGAAGAUUCUGACGAAAUUUGUUCUACAUCUAAAUUUGAAACAAGCGUUCCUGCCUUUUCUUUGGAUGGAGAAAAUGUGAAGGUGUCAGAGAAGGGGAGAGGAGUAAGAUCGGCUUCUACUGGAUAUGCUGGUCAUCGAUGGAAUUUCGAUUUAGCCUCAAAGGAUUCAAGUUCUUCUGGAGAGCUGAACAGAAAGUCGCUGAGCUAUGCAUCGCUUCGCGUGAUACGAAACAAACAACUACAGUCCCCCGACAUGACGUUAGGCCGAUUGGAUAACCAUUUCCGGUUUGCGGGAAGAGGUCGAAGGUCAACAAGGUUGGUUAGAACAUGUGUGGAUAUGGAUUGUAAUUUUAGUUGUUCGUCGAGUGAUACUUCCGAUGAUGAUUCCAAUGAACGCAAGAUGAAUCUGAUAGCCAUGAAGUACUGUAAAAGAAAUUCUGAAGAUCCUAGCUACGAUGACGAUCCCCCGGGCCAUGGUCCUGAUUGGAGACCCCAGUUGACACACGCGAAAUCCGAGGGAAAACAACCGAGUGAAGCACCGAAGAGCAGUGACUCACAGGGACCUGGAUCUGGGGAGGAUGUCUGUCAAAAGAGAGUCAACCUGCAUCCUAUACUUGAACAUCCACUAGGGAAUGACUCUUUCAUUGAUGACGUUCGACUUAUGGAUAGAUUCUCCGAACGCGGUUCUUCAGAAGACAUUUUUUGCCGGCAUUUAAGAAGGUCGUGCUCACUUGAAGGGCGGUCGAAUACGACAAUAGAACGCACUGAGGAGGCGCCGUUAUAUUGA